AUGUUCGCCGCAGCCACUAAGAACUUUGUGAAGCAGGUUGGAGACACGGGGAGGUUGAUCCCCGUCCCGAGCCUGAGCGAGGCCGACCGAUAUCAACCUCUCAGCCUGGUCACCAAGAAGAGGAAGAGGCAUUUUUGGAAGAAAACCAAAUGCGCCUCCACUCCUUUCUCAUUGAAAGACAUCCUGGUAGGGGAGAAGGAGAUCACUGCAGGAGUGUCGUCCUAUCAGCUCCUCAACUAUGAAGACAAAUCAGACGUAGCCCUCAACGGUCGAUUGGGGAACCACAUCAUCAACGACGUGGGGUUCAACAUCAGCGGGUCCGACUCUGUGGCCGUUAAAGCCUCCUUUGGCAUCGUGACCAAACAUGAACUGGAGGUGCCAACGCUACUACGAGAGCUCAACUCCAGGAAAGUGGACCUGGAUCACUGCCUGGUUCGUCAGUCUAGAGAGAGCGGACGGAGCAUCCUCUGUGUCGUGGUGGAGAGCAUCCGCACCACACGCCAGUGCUCUCUGACGGUCCACGCUGGGAUGAGAGGGACCACCAUGAGGUUUCAAAUCGACGACGGCAGAAACCCAAAAGGUCGAGACAAGGCCAUCGUCAUCCCGGCUCACACCACCAUCGCCUUCAGCAUCUGCGAGCUGUUCUUUCGACUUGACGGGCGGCUCGAUAUUUGUGUGGCUCCAGAGUCUCAGGGGGGAUUUGAGAGGGAGCAGAUCAGGGAGCAGCUGGGUGGUUUCAUCGGUCGCUUCUCCAUGGGCCGACUGCGCCGCUUCCUGUCAGGGAUCAUCUACGGAAACCCCUUCAGAGCAGAUGACAGAACAUUUGAAGAACUCACCCACUCUGACACCUACAUGGAUGACAUGGUGACCGACUACUACGAGAAAGCCGCCAGCAUGACGGACGUGUCCACCACCUACCUGAGGGAGAGCUCCCACACGCGGGUCAACCUCCUCAAGCACAACAUCCCCAAGGGCCCCUGCUCGCUGUGCGGCAUGGGAAACCAGAAGCGGGAAACUGUUUACGGCUGUCUGGAGUGCUCAGCCGGGGGCCAAAAGUAUGUCCGGCUGCACGUGGUGCCCUGUUUCGACCUCUGGCACAAAACGCUGAGGUGA